GUACUUGACUUGUGUUUGUAGAAAGUUUCACUGAACAGAAUCCGCCGGAAAGCUAACCAGCAAUCUCCACUGGUUGUUCGACUUCUGGGUCACCCUGGCGGAGGAAAGUCAUCCCUUCUGGAAUCGAUUCUACGCCGUCGCCGUUUCUUAGGCAAAGUCGUGAAUUUCUUCCGCGGUGACCAAUGCGAUACGAUACUGGCCUCCAGGACACGAGGUAUGCAACGUUACGUGGAUACCUACGGUACGAUAUACCUCGACCUUGGAGGUCAGUAUCGAUUCAUGUCACAACAUCAGCGACUGACGAAAUUUUCCGACGUCUGGGCUCUCAAUCUGCUCACGGUGUCGGGAAUGGAGCCCAUCGUGAACAUGAGACGCUGGAUCCGCACCUGGGCAGAUUUUAUUGCCUGCAGUUGCGCAGAGGGCACAACCACUCGCAACAAAGCUCUUAUUGUUGUGACACGCCGGGACCGACUCUCCAAGGAGCAAAUGACCGCCAUUGAGAAGGAGUGUGCAACGCUGCAGAACAUCUUAGGCGUGCAUCUGGAAUUCCUGGAUGAACCGAUCCCAUUCGUCAAUGCCAUCAGCGCGACAUGUGAAGGUGUGGCUGCAUUGAGAGAAUUGAUCCAACGACACAAGGAAAAGGUGCAACAAGCAUCUGGACCUGAUUCGGAAGUUGUUGCGUCCAUUUCGGAGGCACACCUGGAGAAUGUUCGUGAUCAAUGCAGAGACAGUCCUGCUAUCAGCACCGACCAGUUUAUGGAAUUCCUGGCUGGAGCAAUUGCUCGCUUUGAUUACAACUGCGGUGACUCUUCAAUACCAGUUGAAGCGCUGAAGGAAGUCCUGGAUGUCAACAUGGAGCUGUUCAACCUCCAUCAGAAAGCGCUGGUGUUCUAUUUUCCGGAUGCCAAGCUGGUGGUCGUUCAACCUCUAUGGUUGAUGAGUGACAUCACAGGAAAAUUCUAUUCGCCAAAGUCAUUUCCUCCACCGAUAAUUACCUGUGAUGAGUUUGGAUUCGCUUCGCACAGCCAUGUCAUUGAAGUACUGGCCAAAGAUUCGCCGGUGCGUGGUGAAGACGCUCUCGACAUUGCCGUACGCCUAGGUAUGUGCCAUGUAACCGAGGAUGGUGAGCAAGUCAUGAUUCUUCCUGCACAGGCUGAAUCACGCACUAGUCUGCACUGGGAGAAAGCCAACCCCGACCAGCACAUCUACUACACUGGUCGCCGUCUCUACUGUAAGUCUGGUGUCGCUAUCAGCGCAGCGUUGAUGCCCACCAUACAAAUGUCACUCGUCAACUCCUUCACCAACAGGACACGCAGGUUUCCUGUCUGGCAGGGAGGUGUUCGUGUUUCGCUACCUCAGUACGUGAACACGGACACACUGGUGGAGAUCCCACACGGUCAACUCGCGCUCAACAUCAUAACCAGAGGGCCCGACCAGCGUAGCGUGACUACUCAGCAGGAAACUAUCUGGGACCACAUCUCUGCUCUUCCUCGCCAACAAUCUCCUGGUUCUGACAUGUCAACGGCGUUCGUCGAUGAUGGGUGCCUGCCGAGUAGCAAUCUUCUGCGACAGCGGGAUCAGCAAGGAGACCUGGAUGCUACCAUGGAGUUCCUUUCCAGUGAGCGACUACGUGCUCAGUUUGUCAUGCCUGAUGAGCGGGUGCCCGACGCAAGAAAAUAUCAUCCGUAUGCUGUGUCUGCAAGCUGCUGUAAUGCAGGUACGGUUGAGGAACGUCGCAGAGCCGCUCGUCUCUGCUCAGCCUUCUAUCAGCAUCGCAUUCUUCUACGCCCCGACUUUCCACUGCACGACUGUCUUCUCAGACUGAUAGAAUGUGGACAGGUGAAUAUAUCCUUCCUGGACGACGUGGACGAAUGUCUGAGGAACUGCCAGACCAAGAUGGCUACUGAUCUGUUUCGUGGGUCGAUUUCCGACUUGCCUGACAGUGUGGUGCUAACCCUAGUGGAUGAAAUCCUUCCCAAGAUAGCCAGUGCCAAAGAUCUGUAUCAGGCAAUGCUGGAGUGUCCAGGUCGGGUCCUCUGUACUGUCUGCCCUAGUGAUAUCCACUCCACGACUGCUGCUUCUGAUGACGUCGCCAGACCAGCAACUGAGGAGUACAAUCCCUGGGACCAUCCAGAUUUCUGCCUGGACAAGUACCGAAGAUGGAUAAUCUCACUGAACUCCAGAGCGUUCCGCGACAAAGCCAUAGCACGGAUGCUUCUUGCAGACAACCUGGAUAUCAGGCACUUCAUUGAGCUAGAGAGACGUGAGGGCUCAAAUGUACACAACGAGCAACUGCUGCAGCACAUGCAGGGGUCUGGGCGUGCAUCGUUCAUCAUCUUCUUGGACAUCAUCACAGACAUGAACUCACUCUUCGCAUUCAAGCGUACUGAGUUUGAGGCUCUCCUUGAUCGGCCAUGAUGCCUCUGUUGUCAUGACUACCCAGGCGAUGUUUCUCUGGGAUCUUUCGCUACUGCUGACUUCCAGUUGUCCAUUAGACGUGUAUCGAUCGUCUCCACUUGGACUUACCCUGUGAAGUAUAGGUCGAGGAUGGAUUGAUGAUAAGCUGAUGUAUUAUGAUUUUCUGCAUGUGGUUUAUAGCCGCGUUUCAACAGACGUUUCUCCAGCUCGUUCUCUUGAAAUGGUUUAACUGUCCUUGAUCUCUUCCUGAUGAGGAAGUAUUUCUGGCAACAUGUAUUCUGUUUUCUCUGGCAAGUGCCACAGUUGUGCAUUGCUGUUCACUGUCCACCAGUUCAUGAUGAUGAUGAUGAUGAUGAUGUUAUGUCCACAGUGAUGAUGUCAUUCACUAAUCCAUGCUUUCAUGCCCAUAAGAUGAUGUAAUGCCCCAUAGUGAUGAUGUCAUGCCCACAUCGUUGAGCAAUGUACACUGCUUAUCUAUUUUACUCUAUUCAAAUCCCAAUUGGAGCUCUACAUUUUGUAUUCACUCACUCUUGUCUUGUAUUACCAGCUCAGUCCACUGGACAGUGAGCACUCUGAACAGCCUGAUGAUGCACUCAUGCACAUAGACAUUUGUACUUAUACCUAUGCAUGUUUUCUUGGUGAGGACCGCUUCCAUUGUGUACUUAUACCUAUGUAUUUAGCACAUAGACACCUGUACUUCCACACAUGUAUUUUACAUACCUAGUAGUGUUUCAUCCCUCCGCCCUUCUGUUGAUUCCCUACUAUCCCCCUUGGCCGCUGAUGAGCCCUGGGAUUGAUAUUCUACCGGUAUGUCGCUGACAGUUGAUUUUAUAUUAUUGGCCGAGUGAAUGCUGGAGAGCCAGUCUGUAUCUUCUGUUAGCUCUGUCAAAUAGUCAUUGCCUUUACCACA